CCCUCAUCUCUCUCCCUUACUUUCUUUCUUUUUUUUUCCUUCUUCUAAACAAUUACCAUACUCGUACGUAGCUGCACACGCCAUAAGUUCUCUGUUCGUACAAUAUACCCUCUUUUUUUCUUUUUACUAUGAAGGUUUAUCGGGCCGAAACAGGCCAGCAAAUCAACUGGCGCAGUACCGCACUGGAUACCUUUCGCACACUAGACGAUUUGAAAAAGGAACUUGAACGAUGUACAGGUGUCCCUGCCGACAGUCAGAUCCUCAUGACAAGUUAUGGUACUCAAGUCCGACAAGAUCAGUUUAGCGAUGUACUUCACGCUACCGGACAGGACGAAUAUAUCGUGUUUUGUUAUGAUCGUCACUAUCUGGGGAGCUCACCGGAGGAAAUAGCUACACUUUUAGACGUGGAAACACCGACAUUGGAACCCAAAGUGCCACCUUUUGAUGCAUUACGAGCUUUACAAGCUUUGAAUCAUAAACGAUCCAUUGAAAAACUCACGGUAUCACAAUCCUGCGAAUUGUAUUUAUCACUUUUCAGCAGUUUCGAUGUCUAUUGUCAGUCACUCAUAAAAACGGCGAACUUGCAUACACAACUUGCACAGACGAUCGUAACGGAACAAAAAUCACAAACCAUGGCACUCAAUGUGGCGUUGACCAAUCUCGAGUCACACAACCGGUUUGCCAAACAAGGCAUUCAAACUCUUUUUACAGCCGCGGAUAAAGAACUGGCCAGACACACGGCAUUGUUGGACGCCGUCAAUAUCGAUCUCAGCAUUCUGCGCCAUAUCCAAAUUCAUCCUCAGAUCCUUCAACAUAUCAACGACCCCGAGAUUGUCAAGGGCCAAGGCCGCCUUGUUCACUUUAUCAAUGACGCAGCCAUUGAGCACGUGAAGGACGAUACGCUGAAACGUUGCGAUCAUUUGACAGCCGAACUCCAAGAGUUGCGCAACUUGGCCUCCGAUUUAGAGGCUUGGGAAUCCGAUUUACACAGACAAAUGGCGGAAGAUCACGAUCUGCAAUCCUUGGACACCACGUUAUCCGAUAUCCAGGAAAUGCUAAACAAGGCCCAGUUUCUGCGCGACAAAAUCAAACGCGACCUUGGCCGAAUCUACAGCAAGAUCUCGGAACUGUUGAAUAUUCCACUUCAGUCCCUGCUCUCUUCACUGACACUCAACACGACCGCCGCGCAUGCAAGAAACAUCAAUAGUAGCCCAUCGACCAACGGUUUAUCAUCGCAUGCCAAGAAAACCCUGGAAGCAUUCAGUCACCUGGCCGAGAUCCAUGUACGUGAUUAUCUCCCCAAAUUAUCAGACUACGAAGCCAGCAUACGACAACGGGUCAACGAUUUGGCGUGGAAGAAGCGCUGCGCGAUCGAGAGUUUUCUCAAGAACAUGAACACCGUCUCUCAGUUGCAAAGUGAGAUCGCCGCUGUAACCCCACGACUCGAAACAGCUAAUAAAGAUCUCUCCGAAUUAAAACAAACCAACGGCCACCACGGCCUCGAAUCACCCCGUGAACUCCUAUUUGCCUAUGGCGCUUUGUUAAUAGAACUCGUACGACGAAAUGAAUACAUGAAAUUGCUGAUACAAAACGCCGAUAUGGUAGCUGAUCUGCUGGCCAGAUACCGUGAUCAAGAAGAAAAACGAAGACAGACCUUUCGUCACGAUAUUGCCCCCAUCUUGCCCUUUAACUUUGUCGCAUUGGAAGAUUCGGCCUCUCAUUGCGAAAUCUCGACUAUUUGCGCCAAAUCAAAGUAUCCGGAAAUUGAACGCGACGACAUUUUAGAUUACAUCACCCUGUUGAGUCAAUUUUAUGGCCAUUCAGCCUUUUCCAAAAUAUCAAAAGCCAAGGGGAAAUCAUUGUAUCAAUCCACCAGUAUGGACCAGUCCACUCCACUGCGGUCAAAAUCCAAAAGAUGGCUCAAUGGCGACAACUUUCUAAGUGUAUUGCAUGAUAUGAACAAGAAAUUGGAUGGCCUCAAAGUCGAUUUCCUCAAAGAUGUCCAAGACAUGUUCUCUAUUCCUCAACCUCCCAAGUCCAUGGGCGGCACUAGCAGACGAAUGGUAUCGCCUUUGGCUGACUCAGUAUCUCCGAUUCACGCAUCGUACAAUGCGGAAAAUCAGUUGAAAGAUUACGAAGCCAAAAUCGCCUCACUGGAGCGUACGUUGCAGAAAAACUUGAACAUGACGCCAGAGCUCCGAUCAAAAGAUGCCGACGAAGGGGACCGUUUCACUGUUUCUUCCAAUGACUCCUUUGCUUAUUCGGUAGUGGAAGGUGGAAAGGACAAGAUUCUGGAUAUCGGACAUUCACCUUCUCCGACGGACAAGGAUCAGCUUAUUGCGCAAAUGAAAAAAGAAAUUCAACAGCUGCAGGAUACGGUUUAUCAACGCGAAACGUUUAUCAAUAAGAUGCAUGGACAGUUGAUUGAAGAACAGGAAAAGGCAGAUGCGUAUCGGGUUCAGAACGAGCAUGAGAAAGAAGAUAUGCGACUACAAAUCCAAGAGCUUGAGCAAUUGCUGGACGAAGAGCGACAAACCUACGAGGAAAAUCGCAAGAGUUUGUUGAAAGAAGCGCAAAUCAAGGAUAAUUUGGCCGAUAUACGUAUUGCCAGCGUCGAAGACGAAUUACGUGGAAGGAUGCAAGAUGUAUUGGAAGAGCACAAGCGUACAUGCGAGAAACUGAAAGCCAAGCAUUAUGAGGAAAUCCAAGAUUUGAAGCGAGCCCAUCAGGAGGAAAUGGAGGAGUUUAAUGACCGACUGCGCAUUGAACUAGAGCAACGACAGAUAAUGGAAACACAGCUACAAGCUGUCCGACAGGAAAAGAACGACCUUGACAUGCAACUGACUCGGGUACAGUCGGAUCAUGAUGCAAUAACGCAGCAAGCGGCCGCAGAAAAGAUAGAGAUGGAAAAUAAAAUUCAGAUGCUGUCGUUGGAAAAGGGCAAUAGUGAACAAGCCCGAGAAGACAUCAAGCAGCGAUUAGCCCAGGCCAGGGAAAUGGUCGCCAAGGCAGAAAAUGAUUGGAUGGAGAAACAGAAAUGGCUCGAGGAGAUGAUGGCUGGGCAAGAAGCCAUUCGCACAGCAGUCAUCGAACUGUGGGACAAACAUCUCGAUAGAUCGGUGAACGGAGACAUAGACAUCCUGACGCUACUACAAGAAUUUGACCAAGCCUUGCACAAACAAACAAAGGAAUCCCGACACGAUCAUGACAGCAAGAGGUCUCCUCCACCGGCAAUGCUACAGGGAAUCGAGUACGCAGAAGCUUACCAAUUGGCAAUCCGAAUGGCCCAAAAACUCGAAGAGUUCAUUAUUUUUAUCAUCAAAGAACUGAUCGAACAAUUGCAGUUGCCGGGUAGCCAUAUCGGUGUCUCUGACUCGCUCGAACCAUUGCCCAACUUUGAUAUCGCUGCAUGCGAGAUGAUCAUGGAUGCUGCAAAUGCCAUUGAUCAUAAACUGUUCGUCUCCUCUGUCGGCAAAUCCAUUAGGGAAGCUCGUGAUUAUAACCGACGUUGGCAAAAAGAAUACAAACAACUCAAAGAAAAAUACAACAAGUUGGUGGUGACUACCCAUGAAAAGAUUGCUUUUCGCAAUUUCAAAGUAGGCGAUGUUGCCUUGUUUUUACCUACACGCAGCAACACCUCGGGAAAACCUUGGGCGGCAUUCAACAUCAAUGCUCCCUACUAUUUCUUGAAACCCUCUGAAAGCGUCAUAGGACAAAUGCAGACCGACGAAUGGAUCGUGGCACGCAUCACUUCCAUCACCGAGUGUGUGGUCACUUUUCAGGAUCCGGAAACCAAUCCUUACGGACUUGCGGAUGGUGCGACCUUUUUCCAACUGGAUGUUGAACAUUGGCGUCACAGUCGACAACGUGCGUAUCGAAAACUACACCGGCAUGAAAAGCAAAAAGAAGAAGCGGCGUCCGCUCCUCCUCCCAAGCCUGCAUCCCAGCAUUGGUCUUCGGUGCAACAUCCAAUUCCAUUAUCCAAGGCAAUAUCCACCGACACCGGGUUAGCCAGUAUCCGCAAGGAAAUCUCGUCGACAGAAACGAUGUCGCCUUCUUCUCUUCCCGAUACCAGUCGAUCCAACAUUAACCGCAAUCCAUUUUCACUCUCACUCUCCACUUCCAACAUUGUACACAGCUAUAUUCCUUCUAUAUCCCCCACAGCAAAAAACCAGGAACGGCGUAGGAGCACCGGUUACUUCCAGUCACCGUCUACAUUACCCGUUGAACCUUAUUCUGUACCAGAACAGAUUUAAUACGCUCUAUACCAAAAUCACUACCAUCCCAUGUCCGAUUCAUCCCCACGUCGCCCGUUAUCCAUACCACACACACGUCACUUCGUUGUUGCAUCCAAACCAAGCACAAAAUGUUUAAAUUUCAUAAAUAUAACAUAUUUCCCCAUCACACGUUUCACAAAAACGUCCUUUUCUUAUUCCCUUCCAUCCAAUACGUGUGUCAUCGUACUACACUGUAUCGAAAGCUGUGUCCGCAUCCUGAAUUACCAUCACACUAUACCAGCUGCAGCGAAUCGAGGCCAAUAAACAACCAAAAAAUGAGU